GUUUCCUCAAAUUUGGAUUGUUUGGUAUUGGUUGAUUGCUACUUGAGUGGAACUAUGACUACCUUGAAAUUUGAAGUUCAAAUAUUUUAUGGAAGAGCGGACUUCAUGUUGUGGCAAUGCACGAUUCAAGACUAUUUGGUCCAGCAAGGUCUUGAAUUAGCAUUGCAAGAUGAGAAGCCAAGUGAUAUGAAAGAAUCAGAGUGGAGUACAAUCCAGAAGAAGGCUGUCAGCACAAUUCGGUUGGCACUGUCCCCACAGAUUAAAGUGACAGUGCUGAAAGAGACAUCACCAAAGAAGCUGUGGGAAACGUUGGAGAGCAAGUUUGCGUCGAAGACACUUACUAACCGGUUGAUGAUGAGGAUGGACUUGUACUCACUGAAGAUGGAAGAGGGAGGUAGNUUAGCAUUGCAAGAUGAGAAGCCAAGUGAUAUGAAAGAAUCAGAGUGGAGUACAAUCCAGAAGAAGGCUGUCAGCACAAUUCGGUUGGCACUGUCCCCACAGAUUAAAGUGACAGUGCUGAAAGAGACAUCACCAAAGAAGCUGUGGGAAACGUUGGAGAGCAAGUUUGCGUCGAAGACACUUACUAACCGGUUGAUGAUGAGGAUGGACUUGUACUCACUGAAGAUGGAAGAGGGAGGUAGUGUAAUUGAUCACAUCAACAAGUUUAAUGAGCAAGUAUCAAGGCUGUUAAAUGCAGGGGAGACUAUCAAGGAUGAAGAGCAAGGGCUGCUUCUACUGGCUUCACUACCAAAAUCCUUUAAGCUGUUUGUGCAGUCAAUGAUAGCAGGAAGGACUACACUGCGACUAGAUGAAGUGACGACUGCCUUGAUGGAGAGUCAAAGGAUGAUGGGAGGUGAAAAGUCUUCCGGGGACAGUCAUUUACUAGCUGCUGUGAGUGUUGAGAAAUGGAGGAAGAAGAAGAGUGACCAACUUGAGAGAAGAUCUCAGCUGAGAGACAUGAGCACUGUUAGGUGCUAUUACUGUGAAAAGUUGGGUCAUACGAAGAACGGUUGUCCAGAACUCAAGGAGGACUUGCAGAUCCUAAAGGAGAAGAAGGGCAAAUUGAAGGAAGCUUCUUUCGCAAAUGUGAUCACUUAUGAAGAUGAUCUCUUCUGAAGAUAAGA